UUUAAAUUUUUUGACGCUCCAUUUAUUCAUUAUAUAUAAAAAAAAAAUAUAUUAUUAUAUUGUUUAAAAUUCUACCAUUACCUACAGAUCUAUUUUGAAAAUGGAUGAUUUAUUUGUAUUAUCAAAAACGGUAUGCAAGGGUGUUAUGGACAGCUUUAAAGGAGUCACUGUAUUGUUUGUCCAAAACAAGCGGCCAAAGAAAGUUGGCAGACCAGUAAACUUACCAAAAGAUCAAAAAAUGUUACAACGAAUAAUUCAAUGUUGUACAUUGAAUGGUGGCAUAUUUUGUUUAAGUAUAGUUCUUUUUGAAUAUGUUAUUCUACCAUCUUUAGGUUCUAUAAUGUCAAUUAUAUUUGGGCAAUUUAAUGAAAAUAUUUGGUUAUGGACAAGAUCACUAUUAUCAUGGACAUUUGGAGCUGUAUGGGUCUUACCAAUAUUUUUAUUAAGCAAAAUAAUAAACAGUCUGUGGUUUCAAGAUAUCGCCGAUAUAGCGUAUAAACAAAAAAAAGGUGACCCACAACAGUUGACACGUAUAAGUAAAGUGAUUGCAGACUUCUCGUUUAGUAUAGUUGUUCAAUUCUUAUUUCUUAUUCAAAGUUACUUAGUAAGUAUGGUGCCAUCAACAAUUCUUAGUAAUAUUCUCAGUAUUUUGCAUUUAUCGUUACUUUAUUCACUUUACUCAUUUGAAUAUAAAUGGUGCAAUAUGGGUAUGGAGCUAAAUUCAAGGUUAUCUAUUAUUGAGAACUGUUGGCCAUAUUUCCUUGGAUUUGGACUACCACUAGCAGUUGUCACAUCUUGGCCAGAAUCAUAUAUUAUUAGUGGUUGUUUAUUUUCAAUUUUAUUUCCUGUGUUUAUCAUCAGUGCUAAUGAAGUCAGUCCAUCUAAGAUUAAAAUAUUCAGAUUGAAACUAUUUGCACCAGUUUUAUCUAUAACGAGUACCAUAUUCAAUCGCUCCAUUGGUCCAGCUAUAAAAUCUUCAAUAAGUACUUUAUCUAAAGCUCAAAAACUGCAUAAAUAAAUAAACAUAGUUAUGUUUUAAUA